AUGGGCCUCACCAAAGCUGAAAACUCUCCUGGUCUCUCCUUUGAACUCGACAAACCCCGCCAACAUUAUUCUCCCGGCGAUCUCAUCAGUGGUCGUGUCCUCCUCAACACUGCCGCUGACAGCGCCAUUGGGAAAAUCGCCGUCUCAUUCUGGGGUCGAGCCAAAUCCCGCAUUAUCCAACAACAUGGUCAAAGCGUGACCUACCACCGCGGCCGAACUUUGCUCUUCAAACAGGAACAAAUCCUGUACGAAGGCCAAUACACCCAUAAACCCGGCUCUUUCUUCUGGCCCUUCGAAUUUGUCGUCCCAGAACAAGCAGAUCCAGCAUGCAUCCUGAGCGGAGAGAAGUGGAAGCCCAAGGAACAUUACAGGUCUACCGUGGACAAUGAUAGGCUGGACCUGACUCUCCCGGCAUCCAACUUUCACAGAAGACACAUGUUCGGUCGUCAAGCAGACUGUUUCAUUGAAUAUGUGCUGGAAGUCAACCUCACCGAACCCGAAGGCCUUCACCACAUCCGCAAAGCUCAGACCAAAACUUCCACCUACCCCAUAAUCUUCCACCCCCUUUCGACCCCGGAACCAAUUCAGAACUACAAUUUCGUAGGCAACGAACGCCUAUUCACAAUAUCCACCUUGAAACUUCUCCCCGAACAUGCUGGCACUAGCCUGGGUAUCCGCGACCGCGCCCGUUCUAUCUUUCAACGCGAUACCAUUCCCAAAUUCUCAUUCAGUGUGACCGUUCAAGCCCCGGGCAUCAUCCAACUCUUCCAUCCCAAACCGAUCCCAUUCUUGAUAUCCGCCAGGCCCGACCUCUCCUCCGACAACACUACAAUCGAUUACUCGACGGGCCUCCCCGAAGUGAUCCUCCGCUCUGCCAAAAUCGAAUUGAAGGCUUACGUCCGCUGCCGCGCCUCAGGAACAUUCGCCGAUUCCAAAUCGUACGAAAUCCCCAUUUUAUCAUCAAAACCACUCAAUGUCCCUCUGAAGUUCUCCCGUGGCUCCAUCGCCAAAGAAGAUGUGACUCUCGACCUAGGACCCUUGUGCGACCUGCGCCUGGGCAACGCCAAACUCGGCUCGCGUCUCGAAGCGCCCCUCUGCCCAAACUUCAACACCUACAACGUCGCCCGCACGUACCAUCUCACCUGGGAGCUAGAGCUCGAAUGUGCAGAGAAGACCGAGAAAUUCGCCUCUGCACGUACAGGGCCCGAAUGUACCGUCAUCCUACCCCCUGCAACAGUGAGCAUGGAACCGAUGGAUCCAAACACGCUCCUGGGCGCAGACCUAGCACAGUCGACAUCCGUUGCGAGUUCAGGCUCCGGCUCCGCAGGGUUCUGGUCCCGUCGACGCUCCGGCGAAAGCAGAAGUGGAGGCGGAAGCGAAAGGGAGAAAGAGAAGGCGACUUUCGGACCUCCAUCGAGCACCCUCAGUGCUGGCGUCAGCGCCCUAGGUCUCGGUGACAAAAAAGACAAGAAGCCCAAGUCCAAGGAAGAAGAAGCUGCCGAAGACCGCGCCCGAGCACGUCCGGAAUUUCACUCUGGUUACGAAAAUCCAUUCAGCACUGCCGCUGAUGCCGAUUCUGACGAUGACGACGGCAACGGCACGUCAACCGCAAUCACUCAAGCUUCCAGACCUGGUGGUGCCGGCACAGAUCAGCAACUGCCGAGAUAUGCCCCCUGA